CCGUUAGUUUUUAGUCUAGACUCAUUUUGACAGCUGAACUAACUAGUAAUUUACUGAAACGUUUGGGCCUAGCAUUUGACAAAAUUAAGAAAUGACCAAUUGUACAGAGAAUACCGUGGUUAAAGUGUGCUCACAGAAUUCUGAUAUUCCAUCAUAUAUUACCUUUAAAAAUGUCACGUCAAGAAAAAUGGACGUUUAUUGGGUUGAUUUUAAAGGAAAAUAUGUGAAGUACUUGAAGAAUUUCAGUCCUGGAAAUGUCCAUCACAUAAAUACAUUUGUUACACACCCGUGGAUAGCUAGAGACUCUGUGACAAAUGAUGCUCUUAUGUUUAAUGGCAAAAGUAUUUUUUAUCCAUCGGCAUGGAAUGGGGAGCAAUCAAGAAAUGAAAUAAGGAUACAUGUUCCAGUGUUUAAUCUGAAGAAUAGAUGUAUACAAGUGCUGAAGGAUUAUCUUGCCAAGAAUGACAUCCCAUCGUUAGAAAUUCCUCAUACACUUAUUGAGGAAAUGUGUAUGAGAUCAAACAUGACUUUCAGAGAGUACGAAAGAAUUAUAAUUGAUUAGCUAUCAGUGUUAUACUCAGAGACUUAAAAGUGAAAAUUCAACUACCACCCAGUAAACCUACAAGAUUAUGUCAUCAUAUUGGCAUGGGAACACUAUCUAUAUGUGUAUAAAAACUCUGAAGUAACAAUACAUGUAGACAGCUCAUCAGUAUUACUAUUAAAGGUUGCAAUUUUUUACUUUGCAUCAAAAUGGACACUGUGGUAUUACAACUGAAAAAAAGCUAUUGGACUUACACAUAGUGUUUAAAUCCACUCCGUCUAUCUUUAAGCAGCUUGUGGUAAUUCAAACAUGGUUGGUCCUUUCUCUUUCAUCAAGUCAAAAUUGAUCAACCAUUCUAUGGAAAUGACUAUUCCACAAGUAAUUUUAAUUAUAUCUAAUGCCAUUGCUGUUCAUUGGGUAGUAGGACUAUAAACCACACUGCAUUUAUUGUUCAGUGCAUUUAAUGCCACUUAUUUUAUAAGUGUGGUGUUGAAUUUGACCUUUGACCCCACAUGUGGGACCACCAUUUAUUGAAUUGUUUUGAAGUGCUCAGAAGUAAACAUUGUAAGUUACAGAAUUUCAGAUUGUUUUCAUGUUAAGUUUGGUUUUCUGUACGCACAAAAUUAUCAAGUUGUUUGAUCAUUGUUUUCUUUGGGAUGUGGUCAUAGGCUCUAAAAAAAAAAACGUCUAAAAUUCACUAUGGUCAAAACGGCCAUAAUUUGUUUGAAACGGCCAAAUCUUUAGUCAAAAUGGCCAAAUAUAUUAAUGCAUAACAAAAACAAUAUAUUAUGAUAAAUUUAUAAAAGGAAAAUGGAUAAAAAGCAGACUGAUUCUCAUUCAUUUGAUUAAGGGCCUUUAUGUUCAUAACCCUUCUCUUUGUUCAUAACCCUUCUCUUUGUUGUUCACAAUGUCAUAUGUAGGGCAUAUACUUACCCGUCCAAAAGUUAGUCACUGGUUUAGGACGAAAUCCUAUGGUCUAUAUCUAUACAUGUAUAUUACGCAAAGUCUUACGCAAGACCAUUAAGCAACUUAUAAUACAUACACGAGUCAAAUAUUUCAUCUACAUGUACAAUAGUAUAAAUAAUGUACGAUUGGGAUGUUGCUCAUACCAUUAUUUGAAAUAAUGGUUAGCCAACAUCAAAGGAUAAUGCCACAUUGGUAUUUUAAGGAAGUAUAUGAUAGCCUUCCAGUAUUAAUUUUGCUUUCUUACAAUCUUCUGUUAACAUCAACAUGCAAGUUGGCUGUAACCGGCUAUAAUUUAAUCUUAUAUAUUUAGUCCAAAUUUCUUCCGUAUUUCUUCAAUAUCAAAUUUACCUGGGUUACGGGGGUUGGAUGGCCGAAUGGUUAGCACGUGCGUGCUGCGCUGUAUCAUACGGUCUGUCAUUGAGUCAAAUAGCGGGGUUUCGAUUCCCCGGUUGUACGUGACAAGGAGUAGGGUCGCCUGUCCAACCUUGUGGGUUUUCUCCGGGUCCUCUGGUUUCCUCCCACUGCUAAAAGACCCCUACGCGCAAGCGAAUUAUUGAAAUAAAAUUGAACCAUGUGUUAGUCCCGAAAUGACCUAGUUUGUGUCGAGUGGACGUUAAACCCCAUUUAAAAAAAAAAAAAAUUCCCGGGUCACAGCGAUAAUUGGCACUGACCAACCAUAAAGCCUUUGUAAAUAUUCUCUGCACGGACACUAGUUUCUGGUGACCUCAAGAAUCUGAAUGAAUUGUUUGAUAGACAGCUAUCAGUCAAGAAAGAUAAUGUUGUUGUACAUAAAUAUUGUAAAUAAAAGGGAAACUAGGAGUUGCAACUCGGAGCAGUAGGAUGUUUGUUAAACCCCAUUUCAUUUCAAAUCGAUUUACUUUUACUUUAAAAGGUGAAAUUAGAUAAAUAGUUAUUUGUACUAUUACAUAAGAGGGGAGUGGCAACUUAAAGUAUAUUUCUAAGAAAAAUUUUUAGGUGGGUACUUGUAGGUCAUUUUUAGGUGAAUAUGGUAUGUACAUUGCUGGAAGCAAAUCUGCUAACUAAUGUGUUUGUUUCAAUCCUUUUUUAAAAGGAACACAUUGAAAUAUUUCAAUACUAACACUAUUAUAUUUACUAUGGCUACAUGUAUAUCUCUUCAAUUAAAUAUUCUAUUACUGUAUAUUUUUUGAUAUCAUAAUCAAACAUGUAAUAAAAUUUAUAUUCAUUUA